AUGCCUCAAGAAGCAAAAGGGAAAAGCGUAAACCCUGAGGAGGGCCUUGGUGGCGCGGUACUACUCGGGAAGUGGAUGAAGAUGAAUGCUGGUCCUUGUCCAUCAAGCCUCGGUGCUGGACUAAAACCCGCUAGCAGGGCUACUCCAGGAGUCAAUCUACGGCUUUACAACACAUACCAGCGAAGUUUGUUCCCUCGCCUCGCUCGUGAUGCGUCAGAGCGUACAAGAAGAGGUUUCGUGACCAUGGAGAACUACGGAGUACGGAUCGGUCGAAAAGAGAAAGUCAUCGUUACUUUAUCGGCAUUCCAUGGGCGUGUUCGAUGGUCCGUCUUCCCGCUCAGCCUCAAUCUUUUGGACGGAGGAAAAUCCCAGAAAUCUCGGCGAACCAUGAACCAUCGGAGCGAUGAUCUUUCGUAA